AACCUUUGCCAACCGUCUGAAAAUCUGGGCUGCGAGUGACACAAUCUGAUUCUGCUUUUCUCACAACACACACACACACACACACAGUACACACGCUCUCACAUUUUUUGUAUAUAUAUAUAUAUAUAGAAGAAGACAAGAUGAUGAUUCAAGUUCCAGAACAAAACCCUUCUUCCUGUAAACCCUGCGGCAAAGUUUUUGGAGUUUUCAGAUUUCUGAUCAGAGGUUGCGCAAAUGCUGAAUUCAGGCGAAGACAAAAGCAAUGUGGUCCAACUGCCCGAAGGAGUAAUGCCAUUUAUACAUAUUAAUCAGAAUGAGUUUCUAGGGCGAAAACAUAAGAAGCUGAAAGAAGAGGAUAUCGCUAUUUGUGAGUGCAAGUAUGAUGCCAGUGAUCCUGAAAGUGCAUGUGGAGAAGGAUGCUUGAAUGUACUGACCAGCACUGAAUGUACACCAGGAUACUGUCAUUGUGGUGAGAAUUGCAGGAAUCAGAGAUUCCAGAAAUGUGAAUAUGCGAAAACCAAGUUGUUCAGGACUGAAGGGCGUGGUUGGGGUCUUUUAGCUGAUGAGAAUAUAAAGGCUGGACAGUUUAUCAUUGAAUACUCUGGAGAAGUGAUAUCAUCUGAAGAAGCAAAGAAAAGGUCUCAGGCUUAUGAAGCUCAUGAGCUCAAGGAUGCAUACAUAAUUUCUCUGAAUGCUAACUAUUUCAUUGAUGCUACCCGGAAGGGAAGUUUUGCAAGAUUCAUAAACCAUUCUUGCCAUCCAAAUUGUGAAACAAGGAAAUGGACGGUGUUAGGGGAAACAAGGGUAGGAAUAUUUGCAAAGCAAGAUAUAUCUGUUGGAACGGAGUUGGCAUAUAACUAUAAUUUUGAGUGGUACGGGGGUGCAACUGUUCGUUGUCUAUGUGGAGCUGCAAACUGUUCUAUAUUUCUGGGUGCCAAGUCUCAAGGAUUCCAGGAGUACAACCAUGUUUGGGAAGAUGGGGAUGUCAGGAAGUGGACCUUUGGAUUCACACCAAGGAGAGCGGACCUGUAUGGGAUAAAAAAUGAAGCCGCUUCGAAGCUCAAUUCCAUAUAUGAUGAAAUUCGCCCUGCCAUUGAAGAGCAUGGGCGGGACAACCAGGAUAGUGUGCCGACCAGCGUAGCAGAGAAGUGGAUCGAAGCAAGCUGCUCCAAAUACAAGGCAGAUUUUGAUUUCUACUUUUCUGUGAUCAAGAAUGUGAUGUGCCCUCGUCCAGCAACCAACACUGAUGCAGGGGGGCCUUCUGAAGGAGGAGCCGAACCUCAAACAGCCAAUGCUGAAGUCAAGCCUUCCGAAGGAGAAGCUGAAUGAAGUUUUUGGCAAAUCAAUGACUUUAAAUCUGGUAUUUGAUACCAUUUGAUACAAUUUCGGACAAAUUCCUGUUGUAAGU